UGCCUCCCCCACCCUCCAGCCAUGUGCCCGCCUCAGCCUGUGGCCUGCGAGCGGCCCCGGGCCGGCCCCCACAGCGCCCGCCCGGCCGCGCAUGGAGCGCGCUGAGCCCGGCCACCCUCACGGUCCCGCCCGGCACCGCGGUCGCCUCGAGCCCCCCGGCCCGGCCCGGCCCCGCGAGCCCGGGCCCCGGUGGCCCAUGCGCGCGGACAUGCGGCUCAGGGAGCUGUCCCUGCGCCAGGACCCCGACCUGCGGCAGGAGCUGGCCUCGCUGGCCCGCGGCUGUGACUUCGUGCUGCCCUCCCGGUUCAAGAAGCGGCUGAAGGCCUUCCAGCAGGUCCAGGCCCGGAAGGAGGAGCCCCGGCCGCCGGCCUCCAGCCAAAGCAUUCCAGCCUUCUACUUCCCCCGCGGCCGGCCGCAGGGCGCGGGGGACACCGACGCCGUCAUCGCCCGGAUCGAGCGGGCCUUCGCCCAGUUCCCGCACGAGAGGGCCACCAUGGAGGACAUGGGCGCCGUGGCCAAGGCCUGCGGCUGCCCGCUGUACUGGAAGGGGCCCCUCUUCUGCUGCGCCGGCGGGGAGCGCACCGGCUCUGUCUCUGUCCACAAGUUCGUCGCCAUGUGGAGAAAGAUCCUGCAGAACUGCCACGACGACGCGGCCCGCUUCGUCCACCUGCUCAUGAGCCCCGGUUGCAACUACCUGGUGCAGGAGGACUUCGUGCCCUUCCUGCAGGAUGUGGUGAACAGCCACCCCGGCCUGGCCUUCCUGAAGGAGGCGGCGGAGUUCCACUCGCGCUACAUCACCACUGUCAUCCAGAGGAUCUUCUACGCCGUCAACCGGUCCUGGUCCGGAAGGAUCACCUGUGCCGAGCUGCGGAGGAGCACCUUCCUGCAGAACGUGGCGCUGCUGGAGGAGGAGGCGGACAUCAAUCAGUUGACGGAGUUCUUCUCCUACGAGCAUUUCUACGUAAUCUACUGUAAGUUCUGGGAGCUGGACACGGACCACGACCUGCUCAUCGACCAGCAGGACCUGGCGCGGCACAACGACCACGCCAUCUCCACGCGGAUGAUCGAGCGGAUCUUCUCCGGAGCUGUGACGCGAGGCAGGAAAGUGCAGAAGGAAGGAAAGAUAAGCUAUGCUGACUUCGUCUGGUUUCUCAUCUCCGAAGAGGACAAGAAAACCCCGACCAGCAUCGAGUACUGGUUCCGCUGCAUGGACCUGGACGGGGACGGGGCGCUGUCCAUGUUCGAGCUGGAGCACUUCUACGAGGAGCAGAGCCGCCGGCUGGACUGCAUGGGCAUCGAGGCCCUGCCCUUCCAGGACUGCCUGUGCCAGAUGCUGGACCUGGUGAAGCCCGCCUGCCCAGGGAGCAUCACGCUGCGUGACCUCAAGCGGUGCAAGCUCGCCAACGUGUUCUUCGACACCUUCUUCAACGUCGAGAAGUACCUGGACCACGAGCAGAAAGAGCAGGUGUCCCUGCUCAGGGAGGCGGAGGCGGAAGGCCCUGAGCUGUCGGACUGGGAGAGGUACGCGGCCGAGGAAUACGACAUCCUGGUGGCCGAGGAGGCUGCGGGCGAGCCCUGGGAGGACGGGUACGAGGCGGAGCUGAGCCCCGUGGAGCAGAAGUUGAGCGCCCUUCGGACGCCGCUCGCCCAGAGGCCCUUCUUUGAGACCCCGUUGGCCCUGGGCGCCGCCAACCUGUACGACGAGGAGGACGAGGACGAGGACGGGAGCGACGACGACCUGCCGCCCUCCUGACCGCCCCCGGGGCCGUGGGCGCGGCCGGCUGACGCAGCGGCUUCUGCGUGGGAACAGGGGCCUGCGUGCGGAGGCUUUGGAAGUUGAGCUCUUCACAGAAAACGAGGUGCAUUUGUACGGAACGAAGAAGUCUAUUUAGUCACUCGGCGCCGAGGCUGGUGGCCAGGUGGCCGCCCCCCGGCCUGGUGGCCAGAGCAGACCCGGAUCCCGGGGACGGUUGCGACGCCCAGUCGCGGGGCCGGCCUCGGGCCGCCGUGGGGCUCCGAGUGGAGGUGUUUGGGGGCGGACGGGGCCCCGCGGACGGUUCACGCCGCAGGAGCCAGGGUCUGUCCUGGGCGCACCUGCCCCGCCGCGCAACCCGCACCUGCGCGGACGGCCUGCGUCUUGGGCUGCGAGCGUCCUGGCCCGGCGCCCCGUUCGCCCGCGCGUGCCGGGCACUGGGUGCCCCGCGUGGUGCUCCUGUGAACGUGUCCUCCUGGAUGUACAACACGUGUCACUGGAACUUUCCUUUGCUGUGUAGCGCGACCCUACAACGUUCUACGAGAUCACAUUUGUAUUUUCAAAUAAAUAUUUAAGGGUUUCCACCCCCAGGCUGU